GCCUCAUUUGGGCCUUCGUUUUUGCUCCACGGUGAGUGACUCAAUUUUCUCAUCGCAUCACUCGCGCUCCGUUCUGAAGGAAAACUACGCGCAAAAUCACAAACGAAGAAGCUUAUCAUCAUCUAUCUCUGCAGGAAUGACGAGACCACUCAGUUCGUUCCACAGCUACCCAGAAAUGGUUUCUGUCUCAGCCAUGUCCAUAAACUCUUCUUCUUCUUCUUCUACUUCUACGUGUAUUUCUUGUUCCAUCUCUCGCGCCCUAAACCCUCCACCAAGAGCUCUUUCCACAUCUCCUUCUACUUCUUGUUCAUCUUUACAUCACCAUGGAUGGUUAUCUAUCCCAAAAUUGGCUCUUCAAAAUUCAAAUCUUAUACUCUCACUAUGCAACAGUACAAGCAACAACAACUCUUCCCUUAAUCUUCUCACUGAAAUGGAUGUGACUUUGUUCUCACUCUUCCGAGAAAUCGGAAUUGACGAGAGAGAAACUGAACUACUUUUGGAGAAAAACCCAGGUCUCAGAUUCAGACCUUUUAAUUUUAUACGUGCUCGGAUUCAAUCUCUGCGGCAAAUCGGAAUCAGUGGAUUCGCACUUUGUCGGAUGAUAUUAAAGAACCCAGAUUUACUUACAGAAAAAGAAGUUGAUUCAUUGAUAUGUUUUGUUCGGGAUGAUCUAGAAAACAAGAUCGAACCUACCCAGCUCGAGCGGCUUUUUAACACGACAGAACCCAGAUUCUUUCUGGGGUUUGAGCGAAAGGUUAGAUUGUUUCUUCGUCAUGGAAUUACCCAAGACAAGCUUGUUCAUGUUCUUAACAAUGUCAAUCUUAUGAAAGCGUUGUGUCUCAAGUCAAUUGAAGAAAUUGAAAGAACAAUCACUUAUUUGAACCAUUUUGGCGGCAUUGAUUUAAUUGUUCGACGACCAGCUAUUCUCAAUUAUGAUCUGGACAGUCAGCUACUUCCGAGAAUUGGGUUUCUCAUUGAGCUUAGUGGGGGAGAUGAGGAUGCCACAGGAACUGUGUUGCGUAAACUCCCUGCAAUUUUAGCGUACACUGCAGAACAUUUAAAAGAUCACGUUGAGUUCUUCAGAUCGUUUGCUGGCUUAAUUGAUCAAGAAAUUUUUAGGAUUGUUCUUGUGUAUCCAAAUUUGUUUAGUGCUAGCAGGAAGAGGAAAUUGCAUCCUAGAAUAGAUUUUCUCAAGCAAUGUGGGUUGAAUUCCCAUGAUAUCUUUAAAUUCUUGAUCAAAGCACCUUUGUUUCUAAGCCUUUCGUUUCGUGGGAACCUUGCGUACAAGCUGGUUUUUUUGGUGAAGAUUGGGUAUGAAAAUAGAACGAAGGAUUUGGCAAUGGCAAUGGGAGCUGUGACUAGAUCCAGUUCCAAGAAUUUGCAGGAGGUGAUUGGGCUGUUCUUGAACUAUGGGCUAUCUUGCGAUGACAUUCUUGCCAUGAGCAAGAAGCAUCCCCAGAUCCUGCAAUACAAUCAUGAAUCUUUGGAGGAGAAGAUUGAUUACUUGAUUGAUGAGAUGGGUCGUGAAGUUGGAGAGCUAUUGGCUUUUCCUGCAUUUCUUGGUUACAAGCUUGAUAGCAGGAUUAAGCAUAGGUAUGAAGCAAAGAAGAAGAUUUUGGGAGAAGGGAUGUCCCUUAACAAGCUCUUGUGUGAAUCAACCGAAAAAUUUUCAAUGGAUAAGGAGAAGAAGAGAAGUCCAGUUUUGUGAUUGACAAUUGAAUAGAAAUGAAGGAUGGAUGAGCAUACAUGGUUAAAUUUCUCAGUGUGUUAGUUUAUUACAUUGCAUUCUUCAAGGCUUGCUUGAAGCUUUCUCUUACCAAUUCGGUUGCACAAGAAUAUGAAUAUUUCUCAAUUAGCUGGAGAGGAGACACUUGACAAAGCAAUCACUGUUCACUUAAAAUAGAGGAGUAAAUAACUUCUUGAACUUCAAAAUGAUGGGAGGUAGUGUGGCAGAAAAUCUACUCGGGUAUUUUCUAUCUAGCAUUUUGAAAUUAUCUCAGGGAUGGAACUGACUUUUUUGUGUGGUAGCCAUUAUUAAGAGAGGAAAAACCUCUGUUAAAAUGUUUCCAUAGUUAUGUGGAUUCAGUGAUUUGGUUCUUUUUGUACUUAAAUUGGAUCAAUAAACUGGAAACUUGUUGCAAAAACAUUGGCAAUGAUUUCCUGAAUUUUGAGUGUUUUCAUGAAGCAAUUAUGGCAUAGGAAAGAUCAUCAGCAGUGCCCUGUCUGUGGGUUCACUUGCAUUACAAAACUAGUAGCCCUCUUAUUGUUGGUUGCUUUUAUGGAGGUUGGGUGGCUUGUACACUCUUCCAAGUUGUCUAUCAAACUCUCUUUCAAGUUGAGUA